AUGCAAAGCGUGAUCGCGGUGUUAAGCACGAAUUUGUUCAAAACGGUCACGCGUUCGGGGGCAUCAAUGCUCUACUUCACGCGACCUUUUCAUCUCACGUCUCAACAUUCCGAAGGUCUUCAUAUCUGUCCAGAAACCGAUCUUCUUUCUCUUUGCACUCAUGGCAUUGAUGCUUGA